CAGGCAUCUUCUCAGUCUACUAAAUUUUGGGGUCCUGAAACGCCAGCUACGCAACUCGGAGUGUGAGCCGCACCAUGUCAGGGCCCACCUGACAGGAAGUACCCGGCUAGCCACUCCCAAUUGACAUUGCCCUGCGCCGCUUGACAGACCUUCCUCUAGGGAUCCCCUCCUCCUCCUCGCGCUCCCACCUCCUCCUCCCACCAUGUAUUGCCUCCAGUGGCUGCUGCCGGUGCUGCUGAUCCCCAAGCCGCUGAACCCGGCGCUGUGGUUCAACCACUCAGUGUUCAUGGGCUUCUACCUGCUCAGCUUCCUGCUGGAGCGGAAGCCCUGCACCAUCUGCGCCCUCGUCUUCCUCGCUGCCCUCUUCCUCAUCUGCUACAGCUGCUGGGGGAACUGCUUCCUGUACCACUGCCAGGACUCAGCCAUGCCCCACGCCGGCCACCAUCCCGCCAUCGGGGCCACCUAGACGGGCGGCGGUGGGAGGGGCCGGGGCUCGAUGAGCUCUGGACUGGUUUGGACAGAGGGAGGACAGGAGGCCGUCCCAGUGCGCUGCCGUGCUGUAAAAGGGUGCUUAGAUGUGGGCUGUGCUGAUGGCGGGAGGGUGGGACUUGUGCACACGGUGGGUGGGGUCACUGGCCGAUGGUCAGGGUUUGUGUACACCUGGGGUAUUAGGGGGGGUUGAGUUAAUUGACGCACCACUGCCAUGCUGUAAGAAUAUGCUGUGGGAAAGGGGUGGGUGGAGGACUGCUAAAGAGCUCGGAGGAUGGGAUGAAUCGUCACGUGUUACGGGCUCCCGGUCGAUCCACUAACCAGGGUUGUCGUCGUCGUCGUCAUAGCAGCGUGGACUCUCAGCUUCCUGCUCUGAACCAGAAAAAAAUGAAUUCACUGCGUUCCUUGGCAGCCGUGUUGUCUGCACACGCUCCAGAGAAGAUGUGUGAUGAGGUGGAUUUGAUUCUCUUGGGACAGUUGCUACGGUGAUUAUAUCCAGCGAACCCCCAAUCCCUCUGACCUCGAGGUAAGGGAGGUAGAGAAGUGGACAAUCAAAGAACAUUCUCUAACCCCCCUGCCCCCGAACAACAGGCGCCGCGGGAGCCCUUGGUCUCAUCCUCUUCCUGACCCUCAUCCCCCAGACCCUCUACUCUGGAGUUCUGCCGCUCCUUCUGUGCUUUAUUCACCGUUUUAAUUCACAUGCUGAUGAUUUCCAAAGGGUAAACAAACUGUGAGAAAGAGAGAGACCAUCUGCAGGAGGUCAGAGCUGUGUUGUAUUCCUCCAGUCGUCAGGCUGGAGGGCUGUACCCUGCCUCCUGUCUGUUCUGUGUUCUACUGCUCAUUAUUGGUUUUGUUUUUAAUUUAAAUAAAAGUUUCUUCCUCUCAAAAUAAAAA